GGUACAUUGAAAGCAGCACUGUUUCCUGAAAAUUAGUCGAAGCGAAAGUAGACUUUGAGGCUAAAUCGGUUAAUAUUCUGCACAGUUAUGGCACAUUAUAGAGCUUCAGACUCAAAAAGAGAACAUUUUCGGAGGUAUUUGGAGAAGACUGGUGUUGUUGACAGUCUUACCAGUGUGCUCCUGUGUUUGUAUGAAGAACCAGAGAGGCCCAGCAACGCUCUGGAAUUUGUCAGGCAGCACCUCGGUGCAGCUGGACACAGUUCUGCAGACACACACACUCUGCAGCAGGAGGUGAUUGAUUUAAGGCAGAAGUGUGCACGCCUGAUAGAGGAAAACAACAAACUGAAAACAAAGCUUCAGCGUUAUGAACCUGGGCCUGAAGAUGGCGCCACAACUGAAUAAUCCACAGCAUUUAGCUUGACUGAAAUUUUUCUUUAAUACAUUGUUAAAUGAAGCCUGGAGAUUUUUAUUGUCUGCUUGCAGUAUUUUUGUAAAUCUGUAUUAUUUUUCAUAAAAGUAAAUUAUGUACAAAUAUGUAAAUAUAUGUUUAUUCAGUUUAGUGUUACACGGGUGACAUUUCUUAAAACAUUGCAGUUGUAUUAAUCCCAUUUUUGGAAGUUCUUUGAAAGAAAAGUAGAUGUUUUUUUUUCUUUCUCUAUAGGUCUUAAGUUACCAGGUUUAAAAAUAAAUAAAAAUCGAAAAUAUUAGCCAUUGUUAAAAUAAAGUUGUCUCCUGAUUAAG